AUGGCAUCCCCCAGACUGGAGACUUUCUGCUGUCCGAACCGAGACGCAGCGACGGAGUUUGUGGUCACCUUCCAGCCCGUCCUGUUCGGGGCGUUAGGUCUGGGGAGCGCCACUCUCAGCCUCGUGUUUGCUGUUGUACAAAUUCUACCGAAGCGUAAAGGAUACAGAAGACUCGGGCAGUAUCCGCUUCCGAGGCCCGCGUCCUCCUCACGGAUAUUGUUCAUCAUCAGUAUUUGUGACAUACUGGGAUGUACAGGUAUCAUUGUAAGGUCAUCCGUGUGGCUGGGCCUGCCGAACAUCAUGGACCGCAUCUCAGUGGCCAACAGCACUGAUGCUUGGCCGGAGGUCUUCUGUGUUGGCAGUGCGAUGUGGAUCCAGUUGUUUUUCAGCGCUUCUUUUUGGUGGACCUUUUGUUAUGCGGUCGACGUCUUCCUGGUGGUGAAAACAUCUGCAGGAAUCAGCACCAUUAUCCUCUACCACAUGAUUACAUGGGGUCUGGCUGUGCUGUUGUGCGUCGAAGGAGUGGCCAUGCUCUACUAUCCAUCCAUCUCUGACUGUGAGCAAGGCCUCCAGCACGCCAUCCCGCACUAUGUCACCACGUACGCACCGAUGCUGCUUGUCCUCGUAGCCAACCCUGUCUUCUUUAACCGGACCAUCUCUGCAGUGACGUCUUUGCUAAAAGGACGACAAGGAAUCUACACAGAGAACGAGAGACGGCUGGCCAACGAGAUAAAAAUACGCUUCUUUAAAAUAAUGCUGGUGUUCUUCAUUUGCUGGGUGCCCAACAUCAUCAACGAGAGCCUCCUCUUCUACCUGGAGAUGCAGACGGACAUCAACGACAACGGUUUCAGGAACAUCAGAAACGCCGCCCUCAUCACAUGGUUUAUCAUGGGUAUCCUGAACCCCAUGCAAGCUUUCCUCAACACCCUGGCCUUUCACGGCUGGACGGGCUUCGAUGUCGACUUCAGACUGCAGCGGCGGAGAGAGCUGGCCUGGGACUCGGUUUCUACUUCAGCGCCUAACGCAGCCGGCCAUAAUUCCACAGUUGGGACUACUCUGCUCUACCAGAGUCAUGUCCAGGAUGCCAAGAAGAGCAUGAUGGGGAACGGGCAGCACCACUCUGACGCCAUCAGCGUCCUAUCAGAAGGUUCAGAGUCUAGUACAGUUGAAAUCCACAUUUCCAGCGAGCUACGAGACUAUGAGGAUGUAGACGCUGACGGAGAAUCCUUGGAGAACUCUGUGAGGCACUAGCUGGGGUGAUCAACAACCCGCCUCCCUCGGCUUUUCCCUGUGUGACAUUGUUCUUUUAGUUACUUUUGUUUUUUAGAUUGUCUCCUCUUAGCCUCUUUUAUCCCGUUGAGAUUUUGCCCCAGAUAUUUUCUGGUCACGAGAUGUCAUUAGUUGGUACAACAAAAAUGAGUCUGAUUCUUGAUUCUAAGCCUUUUAUUCCUUCCCUAAGCUUUUUAAAUCUGCCUGCAGUACAGUGCAGUGGAACCAUAAACUGUACAGCUGAACAAUCCUGAAGCUACUGCACUGUCGUCAGUCAACAGAGUAAACAUGACAUUUUUGUAUUAAAACCUCACAGGCUGACCUUUACGUGUGUCUUAAGUGCCUUAGGAAAAAAAAAUUCUCCUGGCAUAUUCACUGAAUUAGAUGCACGCUGGUUUAGUGAUGUGCACAGAAUGGAAUAAGCUACUUAGUGUUUUUUUUUUUGUUUUACUGUAUUUGUAGUUGUCCAUCUUGUAUUUUUGCACACAUCCAUUUUAUACUUUAUUAAAUUUACAAAAUAUUUGUAAAAGGUUUGUUGAUAACAUUUUCUUGAUGUCUUUUGUGCAUGGGUGGAUUACUGAAUGAGACAAAGACACAAAGAGAUGCAAAGGAACUGCAAAGAGACACAAAAUAAAUACAAGGAGGCACAAAAUUACCUUUAACAGACUCACACAACUACAAAAAGACAUAAAACAUCCACAAGGAAACACAGAAUGACCAAGAAGAGAUGCAAACCACCACAAAGUCUUUGCGUCUUCCACCUACUUUCACCAGCCACUUUAUUAGGAACACCUUGCUAGUGCCAGGUUGGACCCCUUAUAUCUUCAUAACUGCUUUAAUUCUUGGUCGCAUAGAUUCAACAAGGUGCUGGAAACAUUCCUCAGAGAUUUCAGUCCAUAUUGACGUGAUAGCAUCACACAGUCGGCUGCACAUCCAUGAUGCAAAUCUCCAGUUCCACCACAUCCCAAACCAGU